AUGGCCGUGUCUGCACACGGGCACUUGGACACACUCAAGCUUCGGUGUCUGGUCCAGAGGAAGGCCCUUUGUUGUCCCUGGGGUCACAGAGAACUUGAUAUGGAGCGUCCCCUACCCCGCAGAACUAAGGCCAGGAGGGAGAGCCGCUGGAAUCCUGAGGCUCUUAGUAGUGCGGCGUGGAUUCCCACCAUUCCACAUUGCCGCCGGGAGGGAGAGCCUUGGAAUCCUGCAGUUGGCGCUUAUGCAGGUGCGGUUUCCCCCAACACCACACCGCAGCGGCGGCCGGGAGGGAGAGCCGCUAGAACCCUGAGGCUCGUGCUAGGCUUCUCUGAGAACCCCGAGAUACAGGUGUUUCUGUUUGUGUUCUACAGAGGCACCUCAGGACUGGGACCAGGCCGUCCUCCAUGCCUUCCGGUCACCGUGCUGACCUGGGGCCUGCAGACCCCCAGCCUGUCAAAGAGUUCACAGACCAGCAGCCGCUCAGAGGGGGCCCUGGCCCAGCCGCAGCCCUGGUGGAAGAUCCAGCUGUUUGUGUGGGAGCCAGUGCUGUUCGGGACCUGGGAUGGUGUGUUCACAUCCUGUAUGAUCAACAUUUUCGGGGUUGUCCUUUUCCUGAGGACUGGCUGGCUGGUGGGAAACACGGGUGUGGUCAUGGGCAUGGUCCUGGUGUCCUUCGUCAUCCUCGUGGCCCUCAUCACCGUGCUGUCCGGCAUCGGGGUCGGGGAGCAUUGCAGUGUGGGCAGCGGCGGCGUCUACUCCAUGAUCGCCUCCGUCCUCGGCGGCCAGACCGGAGGCACGAUAGGACUGCUCUAUGUGUUUGGACAGUGUGUUGCAGGUGCCAUGUACAUCACCGGCUUCGCUGAAUCCAUCUCAGAUGUGCUGGGCCUCAGGAACAUCUGGGCUGUGCGAGGCAUUUCCAUCGCAGUGCUUCUGGCCCUGCUGGGGAUUAACCUCGCGGGAGUCAAAUGGAUAAUCCGCCUCCAGCUGCUGCUGCUGUUCUUGUUGGCCGUGUCCACGCUGGACUUCGUCGUGGGCUCUUUCACACACCUGGACCCAGAGCAUGGCUUUAUUGGCUAUUCACCAGAAGUGCUACAGAACAACGCUCUGCCUGAUUACAGCCCCGGGGAGUCCUUCUUCACUGUCUUUGGAGUGUUCUUUCCUGCAGCUACAGGAGUCAUGGCCGGCUUCAACAUGGGGGGCGACCUCAGGGAGCCUGCUGCCAGCAUCCCCCUGGGCUCCCUAGCAGCUGUUGGCAUCUCGUGGUUUCUGUACAUCAUCUUUGUCUUCCUGCUUGGCGCCAUCUGCACGCGAGAGGCCCUUCGCUAUGAUUUCCUGAUAGCAGAAAAGGUCUCCUUAGUGGGCUUCUUGUUCCUUCUGGGCCUGUACAUAUCGUCUCUGGCCUCCUGUAUGGGAGGACUGUACGGAGCUCCCCGGAUCCUGCAGUGUAUCGCCCAGGAGAAAGUGAUCCCUGCGUUGACCUGGUUGGGACAAGGGAAAGGACCGAAUAAAACGCCUGUAGCUGCUAUCUGCCUGACCAGCCUGGUGACCAUGGCCUUUGUCCUUGUAGGUCAGGUGAAUGUCCUGGCCCCCAUCGUCACCAUCAACUUCAUGCUGACGUACAUAGCAGUGGACUACUCUUACUUCUCCCUGUCCAUGGGUCCCUGCAGCCUUCCUCAGGUGCCUGAACCAGCAAGCAGGGAAGACAGAGAGGCUCUCCACUGCUCUGAGCACCUGCUGUUGGACAAGACUCCCAACUAUGGUUCUGAGGGUCCUGGACAAAGCCUUUCUGAAGGCACGCUGCUAGAAUUCACCAAGGAUAUGAAUCAACUCCUCCAGCUAACCAGGAGACUUGAGAGCAGCCAGCCCAGGCAAGGGGAGAGAGAUGGGGCCCUAGAAAGUCAGAAGAGGAAACACAAGAAGGCUAUCAAGAAAACUCUACGAGAUAGCUUCCUUCUAGACCUCACGUCCUCUUCAGAGACCUCUGAAGAGCUGUCUCCUCCCCCCUCAGGGCAGGAAUCAACUUGGGGCUGUCAGAGUUCUGGGAGUGAAUUGAUUCAGCUUGGGGGAACAGGCAGAGAGCACCUUGUCUCCGAGUUGUAUAACCAACCCGCACCCAUUGAAGAAGAUUUCUUCCUGAAUUCCAGACUCCAGGAACAAGUUGUCCACAGGAAAUCAACUUUCUACACCCGAAUGUGCAAUCCCUGGGUCUCCCUUUUGGGGGUUGUUGGGUCCUUUCUCAUCAUGUGUGUGAUCCAGUGGGUCUAUACUCUGGUUAACAUGAGCAUUGCUGCCAUUUUGUAUUUCUACAUUGGCCGGACCAGCCCAGGACUUCACCUUGGAUCAGCAUCCAACUUCAGCUUUUUCAAAUGGAUGAAGUCUCUUCUGAUCCCCUCCUGCAGGGCCCUGCAGUCUCCUCAGGACCAGAUAGUUUUGGCACCAAGCCUGUUGAGGGUUGACAUGGAGAUGACUCAGCUGACCCAGGAGAACGCAGACUUUGCCACUCGGGACCGCUGCCACCAUUCCUUCCUUGUGAGUCGGGAACAACUCAUGCCUCAGUACUAG